AUGUCAUCCAAAGUGCCGCCAACUUUGAAAUCAAUUGGACAUUAUAUCAAAAUUGCCAACGAGAACGCCUCUCGCGAUCCGGUUAUUUAUUAUUGGUGUCUCUUCUAUGCUGUACAAUCUGCGAUGCAACUUGACAAAUCGUCUCCGGAGGCUCUCCAAUUCUUGACGAGUCUUUUGACGACACUUGAGACCGUCAAGAAACAAUUGCAUGGAAAUGAGGCGAUUACGAAUGAGACAAUCGCUCAAGCCCACAUUGAGGAUUUUGCGUUGAAAUUGUUCAAUUUCGCCGAUAACAAAGAGAAAUCUGGACAGAUCGAUAAAUCGGUUGUCCAUGCAUUCUACACGGCUGGCCACAUAAUGGACAUUCUAUCAUUGUUUGGAGAAGUCGAGGAGCCAUUCGCUUCAUCAAAAAAAUACGCGAAAUGGAAGAGCACCCAGAUAUUUGCUUGUUUGAGAGAUGGAACACCGUACGUUCCGAGCUCUCAAGGAAACAAGAGUGUCGAUGAUGAACUUGCCGAAUUUGGUCAACAAUUCCAGCCAGGCGAAUCAUCGUCGUCAUCUUCAGCUGCAGUUGCUCCUCCAGCUCCACAAGAACAUAAUUAUCCGAAUAUCGGAUUUGGCAACUUGCCAAGUGUCCCUUCAGUUCCUCAACCACCAGCGAGAUCAAAUCUUCCACAACCACCUCCGCCAUCCUCAUUCGAUGUGCCGUCGAUUCCAAACCGCGGAACGUCGAACUAUUCUCCAUCUCAACCUGAGCCGUCAUCAAUUCCAGUUCAAGGAGGGCAACCAACUGCCGAGGAGUUUGCUGAGACUCGCAAAUUCAUUAAAUAUGCGUUGAGCGCUGUUGACUAUGAGGAUACGAAGGCGAUCCGCGAUAACCUCAUGAAGGCACUUAGCGUCCUCCAGAAAUACUAA